AUGCUGAACGCGCACUCUGGCCAGGAAGCUGCUGUUGAAGUGCGGGACGACGCCGUGGAAAACCUACGGGCGGGUCCUCGUGAUGUAGCGCAGGUAAAAAAAGGCGUAACCGCUGCGCUAGACCAUUUCCCUUGGCUGCAAAGUAUUUGGGGUAUGGGCAUCGACAUCCCUCCUACCAGAGAGAUGAUCAUGACCUCCUGGAAAUACCUGGUAGACCUUCUCGCCGCUGGCAGAGCACGCAAGCCUACAACAAGGACAGCGUCCACUUUCACGUUGUCACGCUUCGAGGCAUGGCCCGACCGGAUAAGAACGUGGAUCAACCAUGAAAGCGUUCAGGAAGUCGCGCGCACACGCCAGGGCGACCAGGGCACACACUACCUGCGCUGCAUCAUCAACGUAGUGGAUGAGUGUUACGGAGAAGGAGUGAAACCAAUUAGUGGACAGGAGCUAUACCGCGUUUUCAUGGAAGAGAGGGAGAAAUCGAACACGGUGGCUCUCACCUAUCUUACGGAAAUCCACAAGAUCUCAACGGCGCGUGGGAAGGAGUGGGACUUCAUAGUGCAGCACAAUCAUUCCCCCUCCAGUGCGGGCGCCAUUGAGAGAGAUCCAAUCCUCAAAGAUAUGGUUGGGGAGGUCGAUGCGAGGAAUGACCCUGCUGCCGGUGCGGGGCUCCUCUUUCCUACGCUUGCGUGGUACUUAUCUAGGGACUUACCGGCUGAGAUCUUGAGGGUGAUCACAGAAUCAUCAGAGGUACGGAGGGCAUGGGGUAAGUGCUGCCCUUCCGCCGUUGCCCACCCCCCGUUCGAAGCGCAACCAGAGAUUCUCGACGACAUAUACAAGUUUGUCUUGCAGAAGUUUCACAGCUUCCGUGGUGUAGUGGCAGGCUCGGGGACUGUGACGAAUGAGGGUCUAGCUGUUGAGACGGUGAGAAAAAUGACCAAGCCACAGUUGUUUGAACUGACCAAGGGCACAUUAGUGGACCAUAUUAAAGCUGCGGGUGGCGACGCCAAGGUGUGGAGAAAGAAGGAAUUUUUGGUCAACGCUUUGCUUAGCGUUGCCGGCGGCUCUAGCGAAGACGGCGAAGGAGGGCUGGUAGAUCAUGGGUCGGGGAACGGGCCAGUCAAUGUGGCGGGAGACGGCGGUGAUGGCAAAAUAUCGAACGUCUGGGUUAACCGGGUGUCGGCGACGGGCGGCGAAGGUCUUGAAUGGAUCGAUGCUGUACCGUUAGAGGAAGCCGUGAUGUCGAAACUGCUGCAAGAAUUGGCCGUGGAGGAUGGGGAAGAUGACGCGUCUCUCGGAGACUUCGACGAAGAAUUUUUGGCUCGGUCGAUCGAUUUCGAUGAGGUAUUUCCGUCGUCGCCGAAAUCGAACCUGGCGGAUGCCCAGGGUCCAACGAGGGUAGAGUUAUCCUUUGACCAAUCUGAUGUUGCAGGCGAGACGGCAGCCUCUGGGAUGGGUGAAACCAAGGGAUGA